AUGCUACCAUCCAUUUUCUUGGUAAUUGGCGUUCUUGCGCAGCAGACGUUCGCUGAAGAACCCGAAGCGAUCGUCGGUGGUCAGACCGCCAUACCAGGUGAAUUCCCGCACCAAGUUUCCCUGAAAUAUAACGGCAAUCACGUUUGUGGCGGCUCCAUCAUCGCUCCGAAUAAGAUUCUGACUGCUGCACAUUGUGUAACAUUUACAAAACCACCCUACAAAGACUUUAAAGUUGCCACUGGGUCUGUCUCAAUCACUGCAGGAGAUCUCCAUAACGUGGAGAAAAUUAUCGUACAUCCACAAUAUUCUGAUAAAUACGAAGAUGGUUGGAAAAAUGACAUCGCUGUGAUUAAGCUCGCAUCGCCGAUUCAAUAUAAUAGAUUCCAAAGAUCGAUCCCUCUCGCCAAGUUUAAACCUUUCCCCGGACAGAUAUGUACUUUAUCAGGAUGGGGUAGGAUACGCACGAACGGACCGCUCCCGAGCAUACUUCAAAAGAUGGUUCAAAUUGUGAUCUCACAAAGCCAAUGUCAGAAAAUGCACUCUGAUGUCCCCUUGACCGCCUCUCACUUAUGCAUGCUCAAUCGUUCGGGAAUUGGUGCUUGCCAGGGUGACAGUGGUGGCCCGCUUAUCAGUGACGGCGUACAAAUUGGUAUUACCUCCUGGGUUGCUCCUUGUGCUAAGGGUUAUCCUGAUGUCUACACUGAUAUCCGCUCUUGCAUAAUAUGAAAUCGAAUGUCUGAAGAAUCAGAAUGUGAGGUUCAAGAUGUCCCUUCUACAAAUCAUUCGGAGAAAGAAAUUGAAUUUAAUUUAAUUUACGAUAGAAAAUUGUGUUCCCCGAUACUUGGUUAUAAUUUUCAACUUCCUGAUUUAUCAACAAGUUGCAUACCAUCCACAACCUUAGAUACAUCUCUGUUGCAUAUUCCCAUUUAUGCCCAUUUAAAAAUAUAUGAUCUGAAGCCUGUAUGCCUACCAGAGCCAUCAUCGAUUUUAUCAUCAUUUAUCAUGCAAUUGCAAUUUUCAGAAGAUACCAUACUCAGUAAAUCUUCGAGAGAAAUAUCAUUGACAGCACGAUUAAGCGAGAAAGACGAUAUAUCAGCUUUGUGCAGCGCUCAAAAAUAA